UGUAGUCAUUGCCUGCCGCCCCUCUCUUAACGCGCACCUUCACUGACGUACUGGAAUUCUGGGCUUACUUUUUUGGAUACACGAGCGAAUUAUAGCAGACUAUGUGCUAUGAAAGUGUGUUGUUAUAUAACACUGAAACUUUUACAAGUUAAGUAUCCUCUGUGAACAUUUCUUUAUGGUACGGAACAUUCAAAGGUCCGGAAUUGAAUGUUGGCACGGAUACAUCUGAAGACGACUUAAAAGUUGAAAACAUUUGUCAGACUCUCACAUUAUGUCAAAGACGAGUGAUCAGUUUGACGGUGGUUCGGACUGUGUUUGCUCUUUCGGAAUGAAGUUGACAUGGGACAUCAACGAUCCCAAGCUUCCCCAGGACACGAAGCAGUUUGACGCCUUUCAAGAAUGGACGGACGGGUAUGUUCGUUACAUCUACAGCGCCGAGGACAAGAACGCACAACGUCACCUGAGCGGAUGGGCGAUGCGGAACACCAACAAUCACAACUGCCAGAUCUUAAAGAAGUCCUGUUUGGGAGUCGUGGUGUGCGGCAGGAAUUGUACGCUCAGUGAUGGAAGCAAAUUGCAGCUUAGGCCUGCGAUUUGCGACAAAGCAAGACAAAAGCAGCAAAAGAAACUUUGCCCGAACUGCAGCUCAGCUUUGGAGCUAGUUCCAUGUAGAGGGCACAGUGGUUAUCCGGUCACAAACUUCUGGAGGGUAGAUGGAAAAGCCAUUUUUUUCCAGGCUAAAGGAGUCCAUGAUCACCCACGACCAGAGAGCAAGUCCGAGACAGAGGCGCGCAGGAGCGCAGUCAAGAGGAGGAUGUCAUCUCCACACUUCUCUCAGAAACGCAGGCUGGUGGAGUCCGAGACGGGUCGUUACCAUGACAUCCCCUUCAGCAACCUGCACCAGCUGCCCUGUGUGGAUGCAGACCGCUUCAACCUCCUGGAGCCCAGUUUCCCCCUACAGAGCCAGCACUACCCCCCCUUCCAGAACUCGGAGCCCUACAAGUUUGCCUACGACUCCAUGGCCGAGGCCCCCUCCUCCUUGCAGAAGGCAGCCAACCCUCGGCUCUACAUGGCACGCCCGCACUACGACUUCCCCAUGCCGGGCUACCUGACCACCCCCAGCUCCUACACCGCCCUCUACAAGGACCCGGCCAGCCCGCCGUCGGAAGCCGACCCCGGCAAGUCCGGCCCCGGCCUCGCCGGGUCGACCCACAGCGGCAGCACCGUGAGUGGUCACGAGCGCGGCUACGACGGCUCUGCCACUGCCAAGCUGGGCGGCUGGAAGCAGAUUCUGGGCAAGGGGGCGUACGGGGAGCGUGGCGAGUACACGCAGCUGCCCAGUGCCAACUCUGCCAACCACCACUACUACAACGGCGAAUACCCGUGCCGGUACACGGGGCCAGCACCGGCCACGCCCGCCGCCCUGCAGACCAUCAUCACCACCACCACCAAGGUCUCCUACCAGCCCUGCCCCAAGCCCUCUGUGGUCAAGUAUGGCGACAACCUCUACGAUGUAAAGGGCAUCCCCAACUGCAACGUCCUGCUGGAGGAGGCCUCGCCCACCGCCUCCUAUUCUGACCUGAAGCUGGCCGAGGAUUCAGGUGUCAUCAAGUCGGCCCUCUCCUACCAGGAGACGUUGCCCGCCAAAAUUGAACGCACAGAAAACUUGGACUCCUUCCGCUACAGCGGGUACCCCUCCAACAGCUACCCGGAGAGGGUGAGCCAUCCAUUCAGGUACGACGGAGGGGAGUAUUGACAUUUGUGAGCCAUGGAGCAAAAGAACAACAAAUAGAGGAAGAGACAGAGAGAUAGAAAAAGAGAGAGAACAAUAGAGUGAGAUAUGUGUAGAAACAAAGACUGAUGAUGUAGCUGAAUCAACGAGCCAAAAGAACACUUUGACAUGACCAAGUUUGGCCGUCCUUAAACAGGUCUGUAAAUACUUUUUUGUUAUUUAUAAACAGUGUUGCAGUAAUAUAGUGAGAUGUCAUUAUUAUUAGUUUUAAAAAAUACAUAGAACUCUAGAUUAUACUGAUGUUAAAAAAUACAAAUGCCGAUGUUCAAUACAUUUCUUUAAUUUGGAAGUUUAGCUUCUUGAAAGCCAAAGCAACUCUUGUGUUGGUACAGGAACACAGUCUAUGAACAAAUAUUUCAAACUUAAGUGUUUGUAAAAAUAAAAACUUGAUGACUAUAUUUUGUGAGGUGUGUAUUUGACAAAAUUAUUUGAAAAGUGAUCAGCUGAUAUGUCUGACUGUACACAUUAAACCAAAUAUAUGUGUAAUAUUAAAAUCUUUAAUCUGAAA